ACAGAAACAGGAGAAAUCUACUUGCCCUAUGGAGAGUCAGAUUUUGCCUUGUGAAAAGGGUAGAGGAGUUCCGUCAAUUUUACCUACACAAUUUGAGAUGACCUACUACAGAAAUAAAAAUAUCUUAUGCGAUGCAGAAACUGACAAUGGAGGAUGGAUCAUUAUGUUGGCCAUCAAAAAAAAAUGGAACAAUCUCCCACAGACAGGUGUCAGUUACUGAUGGGCCUGUCAAUCUCAUAUACACUUCCUUCGUCGACUUUACUACCUCCUCAAACAAAAGUCUGGAGCAGAAGUUUAGACUCUUCAGGCUGUCCUACAAGAAAAAGAUGGUUGUGGGCCUCUUGAUUUUGUCCAUGUUCUCCAGUGGGUGUGGCUUCUCACUGAUGGCACCAUUUUUUCCUCAAGAGGCAGAAAAGAAAGGUGUCUCUAACACAGUCACAGGUUUCAUCUUCAGUUCAUUCGAGUUCAUGAUCUUCAUUUCAUCUCCAUUCUUUGGUAACUAUCUGACCAGGAUUGGACCCAAGUUUAUGCUAGUGUCUGGACUGUUGGUUGCUGGAAGCUGCUCCAUUUUGUUUGGCACAUUAGAUCGAUGCCCACCUGGAUUACAUUUCAUCGUCGUUUGUUUUGCUUGUCGUUGUGUCGAGGCUUUGGCCAUGUCUGCUUUUAUGACAUCGGGUUUUGCAAUCAUCUCCAAUGAGUUCCCGCAAAAUGUAGCCACUGUUUUUGUAGGAGGAUAUGGGUUGCCUUUCUUUGUUGUUGGAACUCUUAUUAUACUCACAGGGAUUGGAAUAUUCAUGUUUCUUCCUAAACCACAAGAACUGGAGAAAGAAAGAAAAACAAGUUUCCUGUCCUUGUUAAAGAGUCCAAUGGUCUGGUUCACUGGGCAGAGCAUCAUGAUGUGUUCUCUGGGCAUUCUUUUCCUUGACCCCACACUGGCCAAACACUUGGAGCAGUUUAAUUUAUCAACAGGUAUUAUUGGGCUAAUAUUUUUUAUAACUCCAUGUCUGUAUGCAAUUACCUCGCCAAUAUGGGGAUACAUCAGUGAUUCCAAGAAUAUCAAUGGUUCAUUGAUCACACUGGGCAACUUGAUGUGUGGGAUUGGUCUCAUUAUUGUUGGACCCAGCCCUUACCUCCCCUUUCUACCUAGUGAAUUGUGGGUAAUUAUCAUAGGCCUUGUAAUAUUAGGAAUGUUCUAUGCCUUGGCUAUUGUUCCUGCACUGAACUGUUUGCUGAUUGGUGCAGUGGAAGUUGGUUUUGAAAACAAUAUUGACACAUAUGGUGUUGUUGUUGGUUUGUUUAAUUCAAUCUUUUGCCUUGGUUCUUUCAUUGGUCCCAUGCUUGGUGGUGUUCUGAUUGAGGAAAUGGGCUUUCGUUACGGUGCUACGCUAAUUAGUGGUAUUUAUUUUUUUUGUGAUGGUUUGUUGCGGUGGAUUUUUCCUGUGUAGACAUUUCAAGGCGAGGUCAUGCGGGACAUUUAUUUAUGAAAUGUUAGACACAGAUGACGAAUGUGUCAACAGCGACUACCUAACCAUGUCUCAGGUAUGAUGUCCACUUAGGUUGGAGAGGAUUAAAGUAGAGCAACAUUUGGACAGUGGGACAGUGUUGUCGAAUGGUAGAGCAUACGACUGCAAACCCGAAAGUUUAAAGUUCGAAUUCUGGUUCGAAUCUGUAAAUGUCACUAAGCCCACCUAGCUCUAAUGGGUACCUGACUCAUGUUAGUGAAAGUAAAGGCAGCUGGGCACAGAGCUGACUACACUAUCCCUUCAUAUGCCAAGGUCACAGAAACAGGUGGGCUCUACUUCACCUGCCCAUUGACCAUCAGGUUUGAAAUGGAACAUUACUUUUUCAUUGAGGACAUGUCUUUCGUGCAGAUCUAUCAACAGUGAAGAAUUUGGUGUAUAUUUUUACUCUAUUUUCUAAUCAUAAUUUAUUAAUCGUAUGAUACAUUAUUAAACUGAAAAAUAAUUGUAAAUAUUUAACUCAUUUUACUGGUGAUUUUAUUUAGCAAGUUAUUUAUCUACAAUACAAUGUACAUUUACAACAAACCGUACAAAAAUUUCAUACUCUUAAAAAAGUAAAUGUCACAAAGAUGCAAAUUAUAUACUCAAACAAAUUUAUUGCACAAAACCCUCUACCCACUUUUUACCAUACUGUCUGUUUGUGGCUGCAUAAU